AAGCUGCCUGGGAAGGAUUCAAACCAUGGUUAGCCAUGUGGGAUCUGGCUCCUAAUGCACAGCUCUUGACCUCUGCACUUAUGGGCCUGGCCCUGGACUUAAUGUUGUAGCCUUUUAACGACAAAAGAAGGGAGGUAUAAGGGAGGGGAAGAAAUGAGACUGAGGUGGAGAAUGCAAAGAGAAGAGGGAGGAGAGUAAAAGGAAGAAAAGGGUGAGAAGUACAGUAGGGAGGAAAAGUCAGGAGAAGGUGAAAGAUGAGCCCAUUGGGCUCAGGGGUGAGUAUGGUGGCUGGGUUAAUCUGUCUAGUUUCACCUGAGCAAAGGGCCCAAGAAUGGGUCACCUCUGCUCUGAUGAGUACUCUAGGGACUUAGCAACAAUCAUAUUCUGGAAACAGCUUUUCUUUUUCUUUUUCUUUAGUGUGUAUUUCUGACAAUCAGGGUAUUUUCUCAUGGGAUUUGGAAUAUCUUCACCUUGUAAUGACAUUAUUCAGAAUUAAUGACUUAGUAUUUAUAUUAAGUUAGUAAUUCAGUAAUUAAUAUUGGGUUAUAUAGCCUAUAUUUCACUUUGAUGGAUUUUUGGACCUGACUGAUAGCAUUAGUUAUUUUACAGAGAGGUUUAGAACGCUCCAUUUCACAACAUGUAUAGAUUGCUUCUGAAGACAAUGUUUAUUUCAAAAUAAAUCUGUUUUUGAUCUACCUGGAACUUGGCAUGAGGAACACACAAUGCAAACAAAUAAAAUGAGAAAAGACACUUGGACAGGAGGCGUCACUGGUUUAUUGCUUAUUUAACUGCUUUGAACAAAAUGUUUGGUUCCUGCUUGAAUAAGAAAGGGAAUGAAGCCCAGACACCUACCAGGAUGAGAAUUUGAUUCCUGUUUAAAGCUUUUGCUGCCAGUUGUUUUUUUCCCCUCCUGAAGUCUGUGCAUUAUGGAGGGAUUCCAGCCACAGGCUGCCACUCAGGGCAUUCAGCAGUGAUGUCUGAGGACAAAACAGUUAAGAGGAGGCUGCCAGGUGCUCUCCUCAGCACCUGCUGCAAACAUUUGAGGCUGGAUAUGCAUGUGAGAUCAAAGAGAAGGCAGCUGUGAUAACCUGGGGAUGUUAGGAGAUCCUGGAGAAGAAAUGUGUUCCGUGUUGCUAAAUCAUUAGGAAUUGAAUACCGUAGGUAGAAAAUGGCAGAACCAAAAAGAAAACAAAACAAGAGGAUGCUAGACUGAUCAGUGGAAUAUCUGGACCCUUCAAAAGAAUUCUUCUGGCUGUAUGUCACGUCUUUUUCUUCUGGAUGUCAGUUUGUUGGCUAGAAAAGAGGCUCUUUGUCCUGAAAUGUCUUCAUUAGUGAAAGUUCUAGAUGAGCUCAGCUGGAACACGUUGAACUCAGCGACUCCUCCACACUGACGAAGGCUUGGGAUUGGCUCUGCAAAUCUUGAACUUACCUUCCUGUAACAGCUUCUCCUGACCUCGGUUCACACAGAUUUGGUCUCUGCCAAUAGCCUGGCAACUCAGCUUGUGUGGCUGGUGUGGGCCGGCCUCAGAUCAUCUUCUAGGUGCAUUUCUUUAGUUGAUUAGGUAAAGGACUGAUUUUUAUAUUUCUCUGGAACUCCUCCCCUUUUUGUCACAUACCUAGGUGCAUGAAAAUACAUGCUAAGUGGAAAUAGAUAGUGCCAGAAGCUAUGAACUUGGUGGAAGAUGACCUGGACUUUAGUUUGGUUUGACAUUUGUUAUCUACGUGAGCUUGGGCAAGACUUUGACCGUUCAGCUCUCUAUACACGAAGAACGGGGAUCUCUGCUCUGCAUACUCUACUGGUCUAAUAUAAGAACUCCUAAAAAUGUGACUUCUUUGAAGUCACAUGGUAAAAUGAAGAGCAUGGAGCUGGAAGUCAGAGGGACUGAGCUCCCACCCUGCGGUCUUCAACUUCCUAGUGGUCCACCUGCGGAUUGUGAAGAUGGAAGGGGUCCAACCCCUGGAUGAGAAUAUGGGAAGGGCACCAAGGCCAAGAUUCGGGAAGACCAAGCUAUUGCUGGUGGUGUCCGUGGCCCAGGGACUAGGGCUGGUCCUGUGCCUCAUCUACGUCUGCCUGCACAUCCAUGCUCUUCAGGUACCGCCUAAGUAUCCUCCAGUUCAAAGUAUCAAAGUAGAAUAUACCAGGUGUGAGAAGGGGGAAGGUUUCAUUCUUACAUCCCAAAAAAAGAAUCAAACCAUGAAGGUGCAAAACAACUCAAUUAUUGUCAAGUGUGAUGGGUUUUACCUCAUCUCCCUGAAAGGCUACUUCUCCGAGAAACUCAACAUCAGCCUGAACCACCGGAAAGAUGGUGAGCCCCUCCUCUCCUUAAAGAAUGUCACUUCUGUCAACUCCAUCCUGGUGGCCCAUCUGGGUUUCAAAGACAAAGUCUACUUGAAUGUGACCACUCAUGGUAUUUCCUGCGAAGACCUCAGGGUGAAUGGUGGAGAAUUGAUACUCAUCCAUCAAAGUCAUGAUGAAUUCUGUGUCCCAUGAAGAUCUGAUGGCAGCUCCUGAAACCAGUUACCAGCAUGGAGCUUCAAGCUGGGAUGGACAGGACAUCAAUCUGGGAUGGCACGGGAGAUGUGACCAGAAGUAGAUCCUGCCCUCCCACUCAGGGAUAUUUAAAACUUAUUUUACAUACAAACGAACCUUAUUUAUCCUUAUAUGUUAGAAAUUACCUCACCUUUAUCCCCUAUAAUUGCCUCAGGCCCACGUGGCCUCAUGUGGAGAAGGAACACACAGCAGCCGUUUCUUCAAGACAUAAUGUUCCUGUUGGUUGGGCAAUAUCCAUAAUAAACUUAUGUUACUGAAAAAGGCACUUGAUUGCCAUUUCCUGGAAAUGUGUGGCAUUGUCAGAAUGAAGAGCAGCAAGGAGUGGGGCUGAGAAUCAGCUGAACAUGGUGUGGCCAAUCACCAGCCAAAGCAGCCUCUUCAAGGUUAAAUUGGCUGCUAUCGAUCUGUUGCCUAAAUACCUCUCUCUGACAGGAGUUCAAAAUGAAAACCAACCUGUGAAAAUCAAAAGAUGACUAAGAAAUACUGUGUAUUCUGCUCUUUCUUU